GUCAUACCUUUACGGAACUUGAAACUUUGAGCUAACUGUAUAACGAAGGGUGUCCAGUUCAUCGCGCUUAACAGUUUAUAUAUUUUUUAAAUGGAAACAAAAGGAUAAGCAUAUAAACGUACCACUUUUGAUUGAAGUAUUCCUGAUCCUUGCUUUGAAAUGUCGGGGAAGCUCGAGACUAAACACGAUGCUCAGCGCUCUCACCUGUCUUCCUUCACUAUGAAGCUGAAGCACAAAUUCCACUCUCCUAAACUCAAACGGAGUCCUUCUAAGAGUAUCCGCCAAACUCCCGAAGAACACACCCGCAGGGUCGUGCCGAAAUCUGGAAACAAGCGUCAGAUUCAGUUAGAGGUCCAGGAGAAGGAGGUGGUCAGUGCCCUUCGGUAUUUCAAAAUCAUCGUGGAUAAGAUGGCUGUGGACAGCAGACUUCUAGGGAUGCUUCCAGGUUCUGCCAGCAAGGUUCUGGAGGCCGUUCUACAGCUGUUCCAGAUGGAACCCACCAUGCAGCAGCGCCCUGCAGUUUCCUGUCUCCUGGAUCCUGUCUACCAGAGUGUGGCUGACCUCAUCCACUGGUCUGACCAGGUCCUUCUGAACGGAGCCAAUCAGGACGAUAAAGAUUCCACCGUCACCACAGUGAUCAAAGCAGUGCUGGAUGGUGUGAAGGAGCUGGUGAAGAUGGCCAUGGAGACAGAGGAAGAUGCUUCUCAGACACCCCCUGUCAGACCAUCAUCACCUUCCCCAUCUCAAGCCUCAGCCCCAGCCCCAUCUCAAGCCUCAGCCCCAGCCCCAUCUCAAGCCUCAGCCCCAGCCCCAUCUCAAGCCUCAGCCCCAGCCCCAUCUCAAGCCUCAGCCCCAUCUCAAGCCUCAGCCCCAGCCCCAUCUCAAGCCUCAGCCCCAUCUCGAGCCUCAGCCCCGGGUGGAGAGGAGAUGAGGAACAUGAUGGAGGCCUGGACUUUAGCCCACGUCCAGCCUGCUGAGCCCCGGCCCCAGCCCCAGUCUCUCCCCAGUCUGGGGAGGGAGGACGCCCCACCUAAGCCCUCCAUCUCCAGUGGGAAUGCAGCAGAAAACAGUCCUCCAGUCCUCCCACCUAAGAGACGUUCAUCGGUCCCCACCCUCCUCCCCUCCUCCACCCUCCUCCCCUCCUCCAGGAUCGCUGUGGUGGCCCCCAUGAGGAGAACCACUCUCCCACCCCCCAACAGCAUCCUGAAUAUACAGGAGUGUGAGGAGAAGUGUGUGUCAGACUGCAGGGAGGAGACUGUAGAGUGCAGAGCGGAGGGAGGGCUGGAGCAGGCGUUCCCAAGAGGGAGCUGGUGGUGGGAUCAAGGGGCAGGAGGCUCUCAGGAGCGUCUGAACAGACUCAGUGGGCCCAGUUUAACUGGCUCAGAAGACACCAACAGUGACCAGUAUGAUCCGGACUAUGAUUUCCUGCUAGAGGAUCUGUCCAAUCAGGACACCCUCCCUCUCCAAGGGGGCACUCUCAGCCCUGUGGCCGAGGCCACCAACUAUGAGCCCUCCUCGUCCUCCUGCCCUCCUGCCCUGCCAGAGAAGAAGCGCAGAAGCCACGCCCCCCAGAGCCCUGUCUCCGAGAGCCCCGCCCCUCCAGAGCGUUGUCUCUCCGUUUACGACAACGUCAGCUGUGAGGACGACUGUCUGACUCCACCAUUCCCGCUCAUCCUCCCCAUGUUUCCCAGCAUGCACCAGGAUGAGGUCCCCCCCAAUAGCCCGCCUCCUCUACCAGAGAAGAAGACCCGUCACAUAAUGCAGUACAUGCAGUUUAUGAGGCACUACUGUGAGCCUCAGCCCUCGAUGUUCUACCACAGCACCCAGAGCAAGAGCUCCUACCACCUGAGGAACCAACGUUUCCAGGAGGCCUGCCAGCUCACGGACACCGUCCCCGCGCCCUCGCUGCCCCCCAAACAGAGACCGCAGGAUGACAGCAGUGCUCCUGAGGGCUGUCAGGAGAUGCCAAGCUCAGAGAGUCUUCAGAGAAACCCUAGCGACCUGGACCUGACAGAAGACUGUAGUCUCAGCAGCCAGGAGAAGGAGAGCUUGUCCCUGGUCGACCACUCACAGAUCAAGUCCCUGCUCACCCUGAAAGAGGAGGAUGACGAUGGCCCAGAUGUGCGGGCAGGUCCUGGUGACAUCCUAUUGGUCCACGCCACAGAGACAGACCAGCAAGAUAUAGUGAUGUACUACGAAGCCUUCUUGACAACCUACAGAACCUUCAUGACCCCCGAGGACCUGGUUAAGAAGCUGCACUACAGGUACAGCCGGUUCUGCCACAGCACGGACGCCAGUAGGAAGAUGGCGAGCCGGAACAGCUUCUGUGUCCUGGCCCGCGUGGUCGAUGAGCUCUGUGGAGUGGAGCUGUCAGAGGAGCUGCUGCGCUUCCUGUUGGAGCUGGUGUUCCGGCUGCUGAUUGGUGGAGAGCUCAAUCGGGCCCGUCUCCUUCGAUCCAACAUCCUGAACAAGGUGGAGAAAAGGAGGAGGCUGAACUCCACCCUCUUCCUUUGCCCGUUGGCCGCACGAGGUGUGGCCGCCAGGCCUGGGACGCUGCAUGAUUUCCGAAGCCAUGAGAUAGCUGAGCAGCUUACACUCCUGGAUGCUAAGCUCUUCUACAAGAUCGAGAUUCCUGAGGUGCUGCUCUGGGCCAAAGAGCAGAACGAGGAGCGUAGUCCCAACUUGACACUGUUCACUGAACACUUCAACAACAUGUCCUACUGGGUGCGUUCUUUGAUCAUGCUGCAGGAGAAGGCGCAGGAAAGAGAGAAGCUUCUCCUCAAAUUAAUCAAAGUCAUGAAACACUUAAGAAAACUGAAUAACUUUAACUCCUACUUGGCAAUCCUAUCAGCCCUGGACUCCGCCCCUCUACGGAGACUGGAGUGGCAAAAGCAAACGUCUGAGAGCUUGGAAGAAUACAGCUCCCUGAUAGACAGCUCCUCUUCCUUCAGAACGUACAGAACAGCAUUGGCUGAAGUUCAACCUGAACACCCCUGCAUACCCUACCUGGGUCUGAUCUUACAGGACCUGACGUUUGUCCACCUGGGGAACCCUGACUUGGUGGAGGGCAAGGUCAACUUCUCCAAACGCUGGCAGCAGUUCCACAUCCUGGAUAGCAUGAGGUGCUUCCAGCAAAAUCAUUACAAUCUCAGACACAACGAGGACAUUGUCUCCUUCUUCAAUGACUUCAAUGACCACCUGGCGGAGGAGGCCCUGUGGGAGCUGUCUCAGAAGAUCAAGCCUCGCAACGCCGCGCGGCGCACGGAGCCACAGGAACAGACUUAGCCCUCGUUGGGAGGACAGCACAUGUGAGGCAGGAUUAGUCUGUCACCUCCCAGGGGAAAGACAGAGGCAACACCAGGGGAUUCACGGGAUUGGACUAAUGACACACACCAGAGACAGGGUCUCACUGGACCAAGGACACACUGGAGGUCUCAUUGAACCAAGGAAAGAGAGCUGGGUGAUGCAGCCUGGGGGGAAAUCACAGGUUGUAUUUGUAUCUACUGUGUAGGAAAGGUAUGGAGAAGUACUGUACUGUGUAGGAGAAGUAGGCCUACUGUAGAAGUACUGUACUGUGUAGAAGGAGCAUAAUAGGCUUUAUAGAACAGCCUUUCCCGCCAGAAGGAGAUCAUAAUCAUAAUUGUGUAAUUAGAUCAAAAUCAUGUGUCAUGGCACCAGAAAGACUGAGGUACUUGGAAAGCAGUGUUGCUUUGAUAUUGUAAGACUGAAGAUAUGAACACCACAGCUCUGCUGCUGGACAGCAAACAGGAUUUUCAGUAUAGAUAUAACUGUGCAACUGUGGUAAUGAGUUGAGUGUGCAUGCGAGUGGUGUCUGCUUCCAUAUGUCUGACUAGAUCCCCUAUUGAACAGGGAAGUGAAACCUCAGAUGUAUCAAAUCUAUUCUUUCAGCCAGCCUUCUAAAGUAACUUGGGGAAUAAAU